CCAUUCACUCCGAGCUGAGCUCCGGUAAGUUGCGGUAGGAAAGAUAGCCUGGCGUUAAGUUUCAGCCUGGAAAUAGCGACUUGAGACUCAGAAAAAAAGAGAAUUUUGUUAGAGUAUUGCCUUGAAAGCCAGUGGAAGUGUUCAAAUUAGUCUCCAAGAAGACUGAAGUCAGUAUUUUAUCCAGAAAGCAGCACAGCAACUGACUGAACAGUGUCUGUGAGCCUUGUCCCGGGGGAGCCUUUUUGUUUAGGGUUAAGUGUGAAUGCAACAACAGACGGGUUGCCUUCACUUUGGAGUUGAAUCAAAAGACACGGCCAGAUAUUUUAUCCCCCGAUGAGCUUCUCUCAUGGAUGUAGCCGUGUGUGUGGAGCUGCUGUGGGGGGAUAUUAACAGCGGCGAAACGCUAAGAAGAGACAGCGAAAGCUAAGCCCAUCUGUGUGGAGCCAACGCGGUGGGCAGCGGCACAGCCUCGACCACAAAAACAGUCUUCCCUCUCCCUGCACACACAUCCUCCUCACAGCCACAUCUCCUCUCGUUAUUUCUCACAUUCCUCUCUCCCUCUGCUUUUUCCCUCUGCCUCCCUGUCAUCCUCCCUCUCUCUACUACAUGUGAUUUCUCUUAUCUCAUUUGUCUUUCUCCCUCUUGCUCUACCUCUUCACAUCCUCCCCCCCUCCCUCCCUCCCUCCCUCCUUCCUCCCCUCCUCCCCUCCCUCCCUCUCUGCCUCUCUGGAAGGCUGCUCAUUGCAGUGAGUCAGUAUCAUGGAGGCAGGCAGCGGGGCUGCCGCAGCGGUGGGGAGUGCAGCACUAGGACUGCUGGGAGCCACAGCCACGUCCAGCCAUGACAUCUUAGACAGGGGCCUGAGGCCUGGGCGUCACCCAGAGGAGGACGACAUUGUGCCUGAACUGGCUCACAUCCACCCCCGAGACAGACCCGACUGGGAGGAGACCAUCAGUGCCAUGGCAAGGAGUGCAGAGAUCCCCGAGCUGCGAACUGAGCCCCUCAUGCGCUCUUGCAGCAGCAGCACAGCCAGCAUGAAGGUCAAGAACGUCAAGAAACUCUGCUUCACCAAGGGCCACUUCCCAAAGUUGGCAGAGUGCGCUCAUUUUCACUACGAGAACGUGGACUUUGGCACCAUUCAGCUGUCCCUCGGGGAUGAACAGUGUGAAGUGACGCGAAACGGCUAUGAGUCCAAGGAGCUGGUGUACUUGGUUCAAAUCUACUGCCAGGGUCGAAGCUGGAUUGUGAAACGCAGCUAUGAGGAUUUCCGCGUCUUGGAUAAGCACUUGCACCUCUGCAUCUACGACCGACGCUUCUCGCAGCUGCCCGAGCUGCCUCGAUUUGACAGUCUGACGGAUCAAUCAGAGUCGGUUUCCCAGAUGUUAUUGGCUUACCUCUCCCGGCUCUCAGCCAUCGCUGACAACCAGAUCAACUGUGGGCCUGCCCUCACAUGGAUGGAGGUUGACAAUAAGGGGAAUCAUCUGUUGGUCCAUGAGGAGUCCUCCAUCAAUGUGCCAGCCAUCGCUGCCGCCCACGUCAUCAAGCGCUACAUUGCCCAGGCCGCCGACGAGCUGUCCUUCGAGGUUGGUGAUAUUGUGUCAGUGAUUGACAUGCCCCCCAAAGAAGACACCACAUGGUGGAGGGGCAAGCAUGGCUUUCAGGUUGGCUUUUUUCCCAGCGAGUGUGUGGAGCUCAUAAAUGAUAAAGUGCCGCAGUCCAUGACCAACUCGGUGCCAAAACCAGCCUCCCCCUGCUCUGGUGUGCAGCCUGCUUCAUGGAGUCUCUUCCCCCCCUACUUGGAGAUGGAGAGUGUAAAGCAGGACAGUGCAUGGGUGGCCGACCCGCUAAACCACUACAGCAUAAGUUCAGUGUCUAAGAAGCACGGGAAACUGAUCACCUUCUUGCGCACCUUCAUGAAGUCGAGACCCACCAAGCAGAAGCUGAAGCAGAGGGGCAUCCUCCGCGAGAGGGUGUUUGGCUGCGACCUGGGAGAGCACCUCCUCAACUCAGGCCACGAUGUUCCCCAGGUCCUCAAGAGCUGCACAGAGUUCAUCGAGAAGCACGGCGUGGUGGACGGCAUCUACCGCCUCUCUGGGAUUGCCUCCAAUAUCCAGAAAUUGCGGCACGAGUUUGACUCGGAGCAGAUCCCUGACCUGACCAAAGAUGUAUACAUUCAGGACAUCCAUUGUGUGGGCUCGCUGUGCAAGCUGUACUUCAGAGAGCUGCCCAACCCCUUGCUCACCUACCAGCUCUACGAGAAAUUCUCUGACGCUGUAUCAGCAGCGACGGACGAGGAACGACUCAUCAAAAUCCAUGAUGUCAUUCAGCAGCUUCCUCCGCCGCAUUACAGGACGCUGGAGUUCCUCAUGAGACACCUUUCCCAUCUGGCCACGUUCAGCUACAUCACCAACAUGCACAGCAAGAACCUGGCCAUUGUCUGGGCUCCCAACCUGCUGAGGUCAAAACAAAUUGAGUCGGCGUGCUUCAGCGGCACAGCGGCCUUCAUGGAGGUCCGAAUCCAGUCGGUAGUGGUCGAGUUCAUUCUCAACCAUGUUGACGUUCUCUUCAGUGCUAAACUCAACUCACUAAUACGAGAGGGAGCAGGUCACAACUCAUUGUCACGGCCCAAGUCCCUGCUGGUUUCAUCUCCCUCCACUAAACUGCUGAGUCUAGAGGAGGCGCAGGCCAGGACUCAGGCUCAGAUCAACUCCCCAGUCACUGAAGACAGCAAGUACAUAGAGGUUGGAGAAGGUCCUGCCGCCCUGCAGGGCAAGUUCCACACCGUCAUCGAGUUCCCCACCGAGAGGAAAAGGCCUCCUAUUAAAUCCAAGAAGUCUCCAGUGGGUAGUUGGCGCUCCUUCUUCAACCUGGGGAAAUCUUCCUCCAUGUCCAAGCGAAAGCUUCAUCGUAACCCCAGCGAGCCCAACGAGCUCAAGGCCAUGGCUCUAGCCGGAGGCAGGGGCGACACAGGAACAUUAAGAUCAGCCAAGAGCGAAGAGUCACUGACUUCCCUGCACAAUGUUGAAGGAGAGUCCAAGGUGUACCGUCCUCGCCGGCCAAGAUCCAGCAGCGACGCUCUAUCAGCCUCCUUCAACGGCGAGCUGCUGGACAGCCGGCAGCACUGCAAUUCCUAUGACAACCUGGACGCCACAGAGGAUAGCGACGGAGACGACGGGCCCAUCUGUGUGCCUGCCCUAAUCUCUCCGCCCCGCUCAGCUGGUGAAGACGUAGAUCUCAGCCCGCCGGACAUCGGCAUGGCCUCCUUGGACUUUGACCCCAUGUCUUUCCAGUGCAGUCUGCCGGACACCCCUUAUUCCUUCCCCCUAGAUGACUCGCCAGCAGGGGCUGAGGGGUCCACCUUAAAGAGGAGCUCUGGCAGUGUCUGUGGAAAGGCCAAUGGCUCAGAACUGAUCUCUCCCUCCUUCCCGGGCAACUUGACCUUCCCCUUGUUGUCCGCGGACCUCAGCUCAGCAGCUGAAGAGAAGGCAGACAGCAAGAAGAUGACCACUUCCUUUUCUUACGCUGAUAAACCCACACAGGCUGUGUCACCUAUUAAAUGUGGAAAAUUUACCACUUUGGCUCCACUGACAACCUUCUCUAUAGACACUCCUGAUAAGAGCACAGCAGGACAGGUUGUUUCUCCUCAGCCUUUAUCUCCUCCCUCAGUACCCAGGGAUUCUCCUCCUUUGAUGGGCAGCGUGCUGCUAAGGGCAGCCGAGCCUUCACUGAGUGAGGCCUUCCAAAUGGAGCUGCACUGUAAGCUUGCUGCCUUUGACAAUGUGGAGAGCCGAGAGUUUAAGGUAGAGGAGAGCAGCAUACAGCAAGCACCAGCAGGCAGUAGUCUAGAUCACCAAGGAGUUGUAGCUCUGGAGUCUUCAAAGGACCCCUCCCCUGGUUCCCUUAGCUCCAUGCCCUCCCUUUCUGCUCCUCCACCUCCCCCUCCUAAAAACGCUGCCCGCAUGUUGGCCCUGGCCCUUGCUGAGUCCGCCCAGCAGGCAUCUAUUCAAUCUCAGAUUCGGUCCUCCGAGCCCCCUGCACCAGUGUCACCUCUCCCGCCACAGGAGGCCUCCGAGAUCCUGGACUCAUCUCUUCCUCCAGUCCCACAGCUCCAGGCACCCUCCAAGGAGGGAACUGCUAGUGGAAGUUCUCCAGCACCAAAUGCCACCCCUCAAACCCCUGCCACAGCCUCUUAUCCCGCUACUUCCAGCCCUCCUGGCAAAUGGCAACUGCCUGAGUCGACCAGCAUGAUCACCAAGCCAUCAAACAGUGCCAAGUCCUCCACUACUCCACCUGGAAAAAGGCAGGAAAUAGACCCCACCCCACCGAACACUCCCCUUUACCCAUGUGCCCCCCUCUCCACUUCAGUCAGCCAGGUUUCUCCAACGCGGAAAAGUCCAGAAAGGCAGCAGUCUGUCACAGGUCAGAUCCCAGUCAGUACCAGCUCAUCCGGCACCACACCGGCCACCACACCCAGUGGCAGCUGCAAGGGGGCAGGCGUCAUACCACAACCUGCUCCUAAGGUCAAAGUGGAGGAGACUGCACCACCCCCGACCCUUCCAAAACCCUCAGAGCAGCAACUUCCAUCAGCUCAGCCAUCUAAAAAACAGUCGGUCUCACUGCCCCAACCUCAAAUACAGGCUCAGCUGCAAACCCAACCUCAAGCUCAGACACAGCCUCAUCCUCCAACCCAGCCUCAGCCUCAGAUACAGCCUCACCUGCAGUCACAUCCUCAUACGCAGUCUCAAACACAAAUCCAUCCUCAGACACAAACACAGCCCUUGCCCCAACCUCAGUCACACUCGAAGGCCAGUGCUAGGGUGGCCCCCACGUCUGCUGAGCCUGUUGAGAAGCCUUGGGAGGCCAUAAAGCCGGUGCAGCCUUGCACAGAACCUGCGAAGCACCACGACCACUAUGGACCCACACCUCCUACCCCUCCUAUCCGCACCAUUGAGAGCAAACUGGCCACAGCAGCACUCAGCCAAACUGAGGCUUCCUUCCAUAUAAUGGGUGAGGGCUCUACACCUGGCCUUCUGGAGGAUGCUCUGCCACAUCAUCCUCCAUCUCCGCGUAAAUCUUCAACACACCAGUCAGCCCACCUGUACCACACUAAAGGAGAACCUGUCUUAAUGGAGCCUGCAGGGGCAGCAUACUACCACCAGAGAUCCAUUCCUAUGGGCCCACAGUCCAUGCCACACCACUACCGGCCGGACAGCGUACCCCCACACCUCUCUUACGUGUCCAAGUCCGAGCCUCAGAUACCUUAUAGUGCCCGAGUAGACAACCGCUACAGCACUUUGGGCCCUAGGUCCUACCACCACUCCAUGAAGUCCAGAAGCAACCCCAGGAGUGUGUAUGUUUCCCCUGGGCCUGGGCAUCAGGGUCAGGGCUAUGGUCCCAUGGACAGAGCUCAUGGCUAUCCCACAAUCCGCAGAGUGCACUCACUCCAUGUACCUUCCACUAUUCGCUCAGUUCCCAUUCAAAGGACUGAGGUUCCUCCAGACGAUGACAUGUUCUUUUACCACCGGCCCGUGUACCAGUGCAAGUCCUACCAGCAGCCACCGCAGCAGUCCUCACAAGCCGACUACCAUGUCACCCAGCUACAGCCUUACUUUGAGAAUGGACGAGUUCAGUACCGUUACAGUCCGUACUCAGGUCCCAACCCCCUGGAAGCACCCUUCUAUGAUGUUGACCCUUACGGUACCAUCCGCCUUCGGCACUUCCACUCUUACAGCAGUCGCGAUCCAGGAGCCAGUGUUGGCCGACCAGGUGGGAAGGCGACUGGGUACCACUACAUCACUCGCCAUGUUCUCCCACCUGGGAAGGAACACAGCUUUGUAAGCAGAGACAUGCCCCCCAGUCAUGGGCCCAAGGGAGCUGCUGUUUACUUUGCCUGGGACCCUGAGGAGUCAGAAAGGCUCCGCAUGCACUCCAUCCGCAGGGAGAGCAGAGCUCGACAGAAGAUUAAAGGUCCCGUCCUGUCUCAGUAUGACAAUGUCGGCUUGUUCACACCAGCAGAUAUAUCAGGCUAUGAAACCCUGCACUUGCGCAGUAAAUCUGACCCAGGUAAAGCUAUUCUGGUCGCAGCUGAGAGCAAAGACGGGCGAUACCAUGCCAGACACAUGGUGUCAGACCCUGAUGUCCUCAUGUAUAUGGAGACUGACAAACACGGUCAAGGCAGUGCAAUGGGUGACAAGUCGGAAAGCCUCGCCAAGCAAAGCGCCUCCAAGAAAUGCCAAUCCUCACACUCCCUUCCAGCUACUCUGAGCCACAGCCUUUCACAUCAGCAGGAGAGCAGCCGGCACGAGGCCAAGUACGAGUCUGGAGAUGAUAAGCUUAGCGGAGAUGGCAGCAGGUCUAAACACUGGCAGCAAGAGUAUCCCAGUAAGAGGAACUUCCAACCACGGUACGAGUGCCCUGAUCCUGACCACCACCAGAGUAAGGGUAAAUCAUCCAGUGGCUACCACAGCACUGAUGAACAGCCGUCAGCACCCAGGGAACAAGUAGCUCGUGCAAAGCCGGAGCGAUCGCACAGUGUCCGAGAGCAGACACACUACAGCCAGGGCAACCCUGACCUGGACAGAGACUACUCGUACCAGAAACACAGCACCAAAACGGUGCAGUCGCACUAUGAUAACUUGGACGACUACCACCCAGUACCUCAGCCACAGGCCCCUGUUCAAAAACGUGGAGGCUCCAGCUCCUAUCCCACCCCUGGAUACACAGUGGCUCACAGCAACAGAGCCUAUUCCACAGCCUUGGGCCAGGGAGCCUUUAUUCAGACUGAUUUGGCCAUGCAAAGGCCAGAGACAGAAAUACGUACAGAAUGAAGCAAUUUGGGGGGGAGAAAUGUGUCACAUUAUCUUUAGCUGUGUUAAAGAAAGCAGAUAAUAGACUCUAUCGAGCUAAGGUUGAGCAGCCUCUGCAGGACAGUGGACUGUUGUAUCACCAUUAUUUUUGUUCCUCUGUAUUUUUAACGAAUUGUACAGAAAAUCUUCAGAGACUUUUUACAGAAAGUACUGAAUGUACCUGAAAUUCCAAGAGGUCAUAUUGCUCUAAUUGAUUAGUAGCCAGUCUUAAAUGUAUAUGAUAUGAAAGACGCAAGGUACAUUUAACAGGAACCACAAAAUGUAAAGUAUAUAUAUAUAUGAAUAGAAUCAUUAGUAAAAAGGGAUUUUUAGUUUGUUUAUUUGUUUUGUUUUGGGUUUUCUUUUGUUUGUUUGUUUUUUUUUUUGUUUUUUUAGGUUAGGCGCUGGAUAUGAGCAUCAACUGGGAUUAAGGUUUGCAUUUUAGAAAUGCAUGUACUCUUUAUCUCUUACAGAACAGUUCUGUGUACUUCAAUAUCCAUUGUGUACUUUCUGGAUGUUUCAGCACAAGUCAGUGAAGGAGGAAAUAUGUAAGUCAUCGCGCCCUCCCUCUACUAUUAUGUACACAACUGGGCAGUACAGUGUGUCCAUGUUUCUCUUCAAAUAUCUGUCCAUUGGGGUUAUGACCCAGGAGCAAGAUGUUAGUUAGAGAGCUGCAAUGGGUUACUUUCGAUUAAUAUAGUGGUUAUUAAUGUCUUAUUUACUCUGUGACUGUGCCAUUUUUAUGUAACUUUGCUAUAAACAGAUUUCGACGACUUCUAAUGGAAUGUUUUGGUACUUGUUUGUUCUUCAUUGUAAGAGGGACCAAACAACUUGGUGAAGUCUGGGCUCUUCAGAGUAUUCUUGCACAUAUGGGAUUAAGAGGGCAAUAUGGAUGGGUGCCUGUUAUAGGAUGUGUAAGAGGUUAUUUUAAUUUCUUUUUUUUUUCACCACUUUAAAAGAACUUAACGUGAACUGGAAUAGCUGAAUAAAGUUACCUAAAAACAGUGUCUUCUCAAACGACGUAGUGAAGUACAUGUUACCACUGCUGUGUUAAAUUUUUGUUGGAAAAAACAUCUCUAUGACGAGCCUUAAAUUUUGUUCCUGAAAGCCACAUUUUGGUCGUUGCUAUUGUCCAGUCCAGUGUCAUAAUGCACAUACAUUGUGAUAUUAUCAUUUAAAACCACUCUUCUUUACAUUCAGAAUCGACAGGUGAGCCUCUAGCUAUUUCAUUUAAGUUUCGCCUUAUGGGAUCUGAAUUCAGAAUAAUGUUUUUCGAGACGUUGGGGUCCAGUUAUUUCAAGGCUUACAGUUUAUGGUACCACUUAUCCAGUGUAAUACAUGCCCUUUUGGUUGACCACAAUGGAUGGAUUACAAUAUGAUUCAGUAUGUUAAAAUCCAGGUUGUACUCUGUAACUGUUUGACUUCUAUAUCGCUUGCAGGUUUUGCUCCUCUUGCCUUAUCUAAUAGCCCCAACCUUUUCAGAUGGGGCAUUGAAAUUAAGGCGCUGUGUACUUGAAUGUGAAAACACUCUUGUCUCAAACUGGAGGUAUCUAAAGUUAGAUAUGAAAUAAAUAAAUAAAUAAAUAAAACUGUUCAGGAAUA